GUGGAAAGUGCCAACAGCGGUCCCCGUUAGCUCCGACCAGCUCCAUUGGGUAGAGUCGUGGGAUUGGAACCCGGAUCCUCUAGCUGGUUUACGUCACUGUUCCUCAAACCCGGAUACAGCCAUUUGCUCCGCUUGCUUACAUUCACUUUUUCACCAACCACCGGCCGGCGUUUUCAAUCCCGAGAGCGCCGCUCAGCCGUAGCGUCUGGUGACGGGAGGUUGGUGGAAGGUGUCUGCCGCGGCUUCGCUUGACAAGUGAACUCUGAACUGUCCGAAUCCUGGUCCUCUAGUCAGUGGUAGCGCUCAGACGUCUGGUGUGUUUGAGCUCGGAGCUCGUUAGAAACAAAGUGCACGAUGGCAUCACACCUGACAUAGCAGGACACUGGAGUACUCUCCUCCGGCGUGUUGCAGCGUGGACAGAUCUGUCACUCCCAACUCUCAUCUGCAGACUUUCACCCAUCUCCAAAGAUGAGCUCUUUCUUGAAGAAACCCGUGCAGGAGUUUGAGAGGGACACCACCCUGGCUUCCAUGGGAGGCACUGAUAAUCUCAGUGCCUAUGCCCAGACGUUGAUCGCAGUGGGCGCCGCGGUGUUGUGCUUCCUACUUCUCCUGGGCUGCACUAUCUGCUGGCGGCUGCGAGCAUGGAACCGGCGGGCCAAGGCGCGACAACCCUCCGAGCGCCUGUCCGUCUCCUUCCAAGGCACUCCCUUCGGCCCGACAUCCUCCUCCAGCAUCAAGUACACCCUGGACCCGGCAGACCUACGGACCGGCCCCACCUUCUCCUCCGUGACGUCUUCUCCCUUCCUCCCGCCAUCCACGCCUGACCCCAACGAAGCGCGGGUCAAGCGAUUCUCCUGCCCGGACCCUCCGUCCGCCGAACUGCUCGGGAGAAGGGACAAUCUCCGGCGUAGUAAGACGCUGGAGUCGGUAGAGGAUGGUCCGAUAGAAGAGUCGUCCUCGGUUGAGAUAGACCCGCCCCGAGGUCCCCUACCCACGGUGUCCGGUGGCAAGACUACGCUUCACUUCAGCCUGUUCCACUCGGCGUUUGACCACACCCUGACCGUGAACAUUCUCGGCGUCAGUAACCUGCCGCGGACAUUUAGUAUGGAGAGCGCCGCCUUCGUCAAGGUCUGGCUGCUGCCCUCCCACCAGGAGGCUGUCCAGACAACCAUCCGCAGGAAGUCAUUCAACCCGCAAUUCAACGAAAGUUUCAAGUUCAAGUCGAUGGAGAGGGAGGACAUUGAUAACGUACAUCUCAGAUUUGCUGUGUACGUGAAGCAGCUGUGGGACAAGAAGGACGGGUUUGUGGGGGAGGUGCUGUUCCCGGGGGCUGAGUGGGACCGGAGGGACGUGCCUACAACAUUCAGCAGGGAACUCAAGUCAUCCAAGACCAAGGGAGAAAAACUCAGGAAGAUCUCCUCUUCAAUUGACCUGGAAGAACUUGACGAAAAAGCCAAGUCUUGUGAGCUGUUCGUACUACUGCAGUACCAGGCCAUGUCCAACAGGAUGAAGGUCCUGAUCAGAAAAGCGGAAAACCUCACCAAGAAGAAGAUGUCGCUCCCCGUUCCAGGAACAGCAGAUCACUACAUCAUAGUCCGUCUCCUCCAUCGUGGAAACGUCAAGGAGACGAAGGAAACCAAGUCAGCGAGUGGUUCCAGUCCGGUCUGGAACCAACCCUUCCUGUUCGACAUUCCUUCAGAUCAGGUUGAGGAUUACUCCCUGGAGUUUGUAGUGAUGCGCGGCAGGAUCUACACACGAGACGGCGUCAUCGGCAGCGUGCUGAUCGGCCCCGCCGCUCCGCCGUCCGGCGUGUCUCACUGGAACGAGACGCUGCAGCCCCGGGCCCGGGAGAGCGCCCGAUGGCACACCAUCCAGCCAGCCUCCGGGAAAUUCAGCCCCAAGAGGAAACUGUCAAAAGAAUCCUACACAAAAGCAGAAUUUAAUUUCAGCUCAAAUUAGGUCAAGUAUUUGAGAAAAUGUCUCCGGGAGACAUGUCAACACCUUUUGUAGGCAUUUGCCGGAAACUCGCGUGAUUGCCUGUCACCUGAUGUGAUAAUGGUACCAUUCCUGCCUGUGAACGUGCCUGUGAAAGUGUGAGUUGUCAAAUUGUUGCUGCCGAUAUCCCACGCACAGUGAAAUCAAAUAAGAGAGGAUUUUGUGAAUAAAAUAAAAUAUCUUACGUUUGUGCUCAUAGGAGCUAGUUAGAAAUACAAAGAACGACACAAUAUCAUAUAAACAGAUCUGAGAAGAAAUAUUAAUCUGUGUUCUUCUAUUGUUGAAGGACUAGUGUGGAGAAAUUUCAAGUUCAAAUGAUCACCUUUCCUAAUGAAGACCGGAGUACGUACUUUCCACAACUCGAGCAAAUUCUGUAAUUUCUCAUCUGUCUCACAGACCACCAAGGGACGGUCUGUGGAAAUAUCGUACAAUACAAACUGCUCCACAAUGAAAACGAUGCGGAUGGGAAAACUUGUUUAACUUUGAAGGCCCCAUCAAACGAAACGAGAAUUUUUAGUCUCUUGAAACAGCCCAUGAGCAUACGUAACAAGAAAAAAAUAAAAUAGACUUACUACCUAACUAUAUGUUUUUGUUUGAAUGCGUUCAUUUGGAGAUUUCCACCUUUGACACACAUUCAGACGUUCUGACCAGAAUAAAAUAAAUUUAUUUUUAGCUCGUCAUCACAACAUCUGCAAAUUAUAUAUUUUGUAUCACUUGAGUGUAACAUCUGUAAAUUUCAUUUACCAAUGAAGUGUAAUU